ACAACGGGAGGAUCUGCCUGAAUUAUUUAUUUAUUUAUUUAUAUAUUCUAAGUUUGUUUUUACUAGUCUGAAAUGCUGUGUUUGUGCCUCUACGUGCCCGUCACUAAUUCUGACCGGGUUGAAGUUGAGUACUUUGAGUCGGAUGGAUUACCUUUAGAGCUGAAAACUCUGUUUAAACUCAGCGUCCUUCUACCGUCGCAGGAAUUUUCGACCUAUCGAAACUGGAGAAAGAAAAUCACCCAAACGAAGGAACAAGACAUAAAUGGCCAGCUGGAAUUUGAUGAAUUUGUCCACUACUUACAAGACCAUGAAAAGGACCUGAAGCUCGUAUUCAAAAGUCUGGAUAGGAAGAAAACCGAGAAAAUCAAAGCAAAUGAGAUUGUUGAGUCGUUGCAAGGGCUUGGUGUCCAUAUAUCCCUGCAGCAAGCUGAAAAAGUUCUGCAGAGCAUGGACAGUAAUGGAACAAUGACCAUCGACUGGAAUAGAAUAGAGUGGAAGAACUAUCCAUCAUUAAAAUCUACGGAGAACUUUCCAGAAAUCAUCCUGUACUGGAAGCACUCUACAAUAUUCGAUGUGGGUGAGAACCUGAUGGUUCCAGAUGAGUUCACCAUUGAGGAGCACUUGACUGGGAUGUGGUGGAGGCAUCUGGUGGCGGGUGGGGUUGCUGGAGCUGUGUCUAGAACCUUCACUGCCCCACUGGACCGUCUUAAAGUGCUCAUGCAGGUCCAUGGCUCUCGCAGCAGCAACAUGUGCAUCAUGAGUGGACUCACCCAGAUGAUCAAAGAAGGAGGAGUAAGGUCAUUGUGGCGAGGGAAUGGCAUUAACGUGAUCAAGAUUGCCCCCGAGACCGCUCUCAAGUUCAUGGCGUAUGAGCAGAUCAAACGACUAAUGGGGAGCAAUAACGAGACGCUGGGGAUCCUGGAACGCUUCGUGGCUGGCUCUCUCGCAGGAGUCAUCGCCCAGAGCACCAUCUACCCUAUGGAGGUUCUUAAAAUCCGUCUUGCUUUGAGAAAGAGUGGGCAGUUUCAGGGAAUCUCAGACUGUGCCAAGCAGAUACUGAAAAAAGAGGGUUUGGCGGCCUUUUACAAAGGUUAUGUGCCAAACAUAUUGGGCAUCAUCCCUUACGCUGGCAUCGAUCUGGCAGUAUAUGAGACUCUGAAAAAUACCUGGUUGCAGCAUUACGGUGGCGGUCAUGCCGAUCCUGGGGUUUUUGUUCUUCUCAGCUGUGGAACCAUCUCCAGUACAUGUGGACAGCUAGCCAGCUACCCUCUAGCUCUAGUGCGAACGCGCAUGCAGGCGCAAGCCACAGUAAAAGGCAACAGCCAGGUCACUAUGUCUGGGCUCUUCAAACACAUCCUCAAGACUGAGGGUCCAUCCGGACUGUACAGGGGCCUGACCCCCAACUUUCUGAAGGUCAUCCCGGCUGUCAGCAUCAGUUAUGUGGUGUACGAACACAUUAAGUCUGCUCUCGGUGUGCAGUCAAGAUGAAUCCGAACAGCAUCGCAUUGGAACAAGCUGUAGUUCUGGAACAAGCCCUAGUUCUGCCCUUUAGGGAGAGGACUGCGAGCUGGAACAUGAUGGGCAGAAGUUUAACGACUACCUCAGGCAUGUGAGCAAGGCAUCUCAUUCUGUGAAUGUGAACAACUUUUAUUUAUAGAAAGAAGACACCCUAGGUGUACAAAAUGAACUCUAUUUAUUUAUGUACUAUUUGUUUGUCUAAAAUAAGGGACCAGGCUACAGCCGUGGUGGUGCACAAAGUGCCUUUCUCUACAUAGUGCUGCUAAAAGAAUGUGGGUUAAUCUAUGAGAUUUAUGCUCGCCUGCUUACACUGUCGAUUGAAUUGUUCCCAUGUUCAUAAACAUAAUAAGAUAUUCUGUUAUUUGCAUUAUCAAUGUCUUGUGGUGAACUAUAGUAAAGUCUUUACCAGUUAACACUAAAACGCACAUGCCGAAUCAUCCUCAAAUGUUGGUAACAGGUUUAUUUGCAGCCACAAUGUAUUGAAUAUGUAUGUAAACCACAUAUUUGUAUUUUAUUCACUGAGCCAUAUUAAGAUUGCUGUGCUUAUGUGUUCAAUAAUAAGCCUAAAAGCAACUGAAUACAGCUCUACCAUUUAUACAUGAAUUGCAUUUCACCGUAUAGCUUUAAGCUUUUUCUGUAUUGUUUAUAAAAUAAUUAAUGCACUUUAAUUGUCACUUUGGGGAGAAAAAUGUUGCUGAUUGUUGAUAAUCUUAAAUGUUGGGACCAGAUUUUUUGUAUAUUUAGAAAUUCAAGACAGAACAAACAUCCAGUAUUAAAGAAUUCAAUGUGAAAGUGCUGCAGGGUACACAUGUAUGUAACUCUAACUCUCUGACUAUUUAUAAAAGAUAUUUUUAGGAAAUUAAAUUGUACUUUAGUGAGUUAUAAUUCAAAGGACUUUCACAAGUUUGCCUUAUGUAAGUGUCUGUAUAUUAAUGAAAAUCUUGACUGUCAGUUGUAGCACUUAUGGGUGUCUUAUAUUUAUAAUUUUUACCCAUUUACAGAUACUUGUGUUCUUAAUGUGUCAAUAUGAUUAAAUAAACUUUGACUUUCAUAUGCAUAA